AUGACAAAAACUAUAUUAGACGUGGUCAAGGAUUGCGACAACUUCACCACCCCGGAUCCUACACCACCCACGUUCUGGCAACAAUACUAUACCUUCAAAGUCAAUGGCUGCACCGCAGUACUCGGUUAUAUCCCCCAGACCAUCAUUGGGAAAAUCGCAUGGACCAACGCCUGGGUAAUCGACCAUGCGUCGAGGACCGUCAUUCUAAACACGCCUCCCACCGCAACCCGAGAAAUACGUUCUCAAGAACUGACCCAGACUCUAAAAGCCACGCAAAGCCUCGGAGUAAUAUCAAUGCUGCAGAAAUGGCGAAACGAGACCUUUCCAAUCUACGACUCGCACGGUGACGUUCUUCUCGAGGUUGAACGCUGCGCCAGUGCCCUGUUCGGAAUCGUAACCUACGGCGUCCAACUACUCUGCUACGUGAAUGAUCGUCAGAACGGUCUCGGUCUCCGCCUUUGGAUUGGUAAACGAUCCCACAGGAAACAGACUUAUCCAGGGAUGUUGGAUUGUACCGCUGCGGGCGGUCUUCCCACCGGAACGCUACCGAUCGAGGCGGUUAUGUGCGAAGCACAAGAAGAAGCAUCUAUACCAUAUGAGUUUGCGAAGGGCAAUAUCAAGUCUAUGGGGCCGAUUAGCUACUUCCACAUUCGGGGGUCCAAAGCUGGAGGGGAGAUCGGUCUGUUACAACCCGAGGUUGAGUAUACGUAUGCGCUGGAAUUGGAGGCGGGGAUGGUGCCGACGCCGAGUGAUUCAGAAGUCGAGAGUUUCACUUUGUAUACUGUUGAGGAGACGGUGGAGUUUCUGAAACAGGGACUUUUUAAGCCGAAUAGUGCGGUUGUGAUUGUCAAGUUUCUUAUUGAACAUGGGAUUGUGAAUUGCGUAAAUGAUCCAGAUUACGAGGAGAUUUUAUCACAUCUAGCUCGGCCUCUUGAGUUUCCUGUUGUGAUUCAACCCUCUACUUGA